AUGGAAGAAGCUGAAGACGGUAUUGCAGUUGUAGGCAUCGGAUGCAAUUUUCCAGGGGGAGAAGGGCUCGACAAUUUCUGGAAGGUUCUGGUAGACGGGAGGAGCUGUUCUGUGCCAAUUCCUAAAGAGAGAUUUGACUUGGCCAGCUGGUAUGACCCUGAUGAAAACAAAGCGGGUAAAUCCCGCACGGCCACGGCUGCUCUCAUUGACGGGUUCAAUGAAUUUGACCACAGGUUUUUCGGCAUCAGUGACAGUGAAGUGGAACAGAUGGACCCUCAACAAAAACAGCUCCUUCAGUGUGUCUACAGGGCCUUAGAGAAUGCUGGACUUCCUAUGGAGAAGGCCAGUGGGACCAGGACUGGAGUGUUUAUUGGUCUAAUGAACAGAGAUUAUGAGACUAAUGCGGCACACGUGCACCCGAGUGUUAUCAACCACUGGACCGGCACAGGGCUUGCAAUGAGUAUUGCAGCAAACCGAGUUUCCCACAUCUUCAACUUCACUGGGCCCUCGCUGUCCAUAGACUGCGCCUGCUCAUCGUCUCUCGUGGCUCUUCAUCUUGCCUGUCAGUCCAUUAAACAAGGAGAUUGUGACAUGGCUGUUUGUGGAGGCGUCAACUAUAUAGUAGAGCCAAGAGUGUUUGUUGCUCUCAGCAAGGCCAAGAUGAUCUCACCUGAAGGGACCAGCAAACCUUUCUCCAACAGAGCAGAUGGUUAUGGUAGAGGGGAGGGCUGUGGGGUUGUUCUCCUGAAGCCGCUGGCAAAGGCUGUACAAGACCAUGACCAUAUCUGGGGUAUCAUCAGCAAAACAGCCGUCAACCAAGAUGGACGCUCAGUUACUCCAAUCACCAAACCCUCCAUGACACAACAAGAGGAACUCCUGCGCAGAAUCUACUCAGAGUCUGAUCUUGCAAAUGUACAGUACAUAGAGGCGCAUGGGACUGGAACCCCAGUUGGAGAUCCUACAGAGGCAGGGAGCAUCUCAAAUGUCAUCGCUAAAGCCAGACCUCCAGAUUCAGAGACACUCCGCAUUGGCUCUGUGAAGGGCAACAUUGGACAUACAGAAUCUGCAGCUGGAGUGGCGGGACUUAUUAAGGUUCUCCUAAUGAUGAAAUACGAGACCAUUGUUCCCUCUGUUUUCUAUUCUGAGGAGACAACCAGUGUAGAUGCCAAAGCCCUGAACAUUAGAGUUCCUAAGGAAGUAGAAAAGUGGGAAGCAUCUGGUACAAGACUUGCAGGAGUGAAUAACUUUGGCUUUGGGGGUACAAAUGCACACGCCAUUGUCAAACAGCACAAACAGUCAUGCACUGAGCAAAAGAAUGAUGGGAAACAGGCAAGAUAUUUUGUCAUGUCAGCAAAAUCACCAAAAUCUCUUACUCUGAUGAUGGAAGACACCAUUAAACAACUAGAAGGAGGCAGUGCAGUUGAUCUAGAUUCUCUGUUGUAUACAUCAGCCUGUAGGAGGAGCCAUCUAAAACAUAAAUACAGAAAGGCCAUUGUGGUUUCAUCUGUAGUUGAUCUUAAAGAAAAGUUAAGUGCAACUGCAGGCAAAAAUAUUAGCCCGUCCUACUCCCAUCCAAGGCUAGUGUUUGUCUUUUGUGGAAAUGGUGUCACUUACCAUGGCAUGUGCAAACAGCUACUAAAACACCAGCCUGUUUUCAGGGAUAAGAUCAAAGAGAUUGCACAACUUUUCCAAAGACUGAGUACGCUGAAUAUCUUGGACACACUUGGGAGUGACUUUGAGGGUAGUGACUUCAAAAGCCCACAUGUUGUCCAGCCACUCCUCUUCGCUAUCCAAGUUGGCAUUACCACCCUACUCAGACACUGGGGCGUUAAGCCUGACGCAAUACUUGGACACUCCAUUGGCGAGGUGGCAGCCGCUCACUGUUCUGGCCUUUUGUCUCUUGAGGAUGCACUAAAGGUCAUCUAUUACCGCAGCACUCUCCAGUGCAAAGUCACAGGGGGGAAGAUGCUUGUGAUCAGCAACAUGGCCGUAUCAGAGGUAACUGCUCUUCUCCCUGCUUAUUCUGGUAGAAUUUGUCUUGCUGCUUUCAAUAGCCCGCAGUCCUGCACCGUCUCAGGUGAUGCAGAUGCAAUUGAGAACCUCCAUAAGGAGCUAAGCACCUCAGGAAACAGUCAGAAUCUGUUCCUUCGUGUAUUGGAUGUCCCUACUGCUUACCACAGCCACAUGAUGGACCCAAUUCUGCAAGAAAUCAAGGAGACAAUGGGCUCCUUACAGGUGAAUGAUCUCGACACAGACCUGUUCUCAACAGUGACAGGCAAAGAAGUCCAGCAGGGGGAUUUUUGCACAGGGGAAUACUGGGCUAGAAACAUUCGUGAGCCAGUAGUUUUCGAGCAGGCAGUGAGGUCGGCAACUGAAGGAAAGAAGAAUUCAGUCUUUGUGGAGAUAGGACCAAGAAGGGCACUGCAGAGAAACAUCAUGGAAUCUCUGGGUAAUGACACAGUUGUUCUUGCAUCUGUGCAGCCAGAGAGAGAUCAUGAAACAAUAACGUCUAUUGUUUCUAAGCUGUUUGAGUUGGGUGUCCAUGUAAACUGGAACACCUUCUACAUAGGACAUGAGACAAUACCACUGCCUAUUCCAAAAUACCAGUUUGACUGCUCAGACAGAGAUGUUAUCAUUGGAGCAGCACAGAAAAACACAGCAAGUAAUCAUCCUGUGCUCUGUUGGUCAGGGAGCAAAAGCAACGUUUUCAGCUGUGAUCUGAAGUCGGACUCUUUGUUCUACCUGAAAGAGCACAAGCACAACGAUGUACCCAUCAUCCCUGGUGCCUUCUAUGCUGAGUUGGGUUUGGCUGCGUUCAUGGCAAGUGUCAAACCGAAAGUACCGCUCAGCUCACUACAACUGAGUGUUAAUUUUCACAGUCCAUUUGUUUUAACCCGGAAUUCACCUGAAAUUAAGUUGCAGCUAGAACAAACAGAGAACAAAACUAGUUUCACAGUCCUCUCCCCAUCUGCAACAUAUGCAUCAGGCACGGUGGUUUCAAAGAAAGAGAAGCUGAUGGAGGAGCAUUGCAUUUCACUAAGCUCCAUCUACAAAAGAUGCAAAUCUGUAGUGACUUCUCAGGAGUUCUAUGGGUAUCUCUCUCAAGGAGGCUUUCAGUAUGGAGAGGUCUUCCAGAAUAAGGGGGAUGUGCACUAUGGAGAAGAUCUCAAGGAGGCUUUUGCAGUUGUCACAGUUCCAGACGAACUGCAGUCUCAGUUGCACGACUACUGUAUUCAUCCUGUUGUGUUGGAUUUUCUGAUGCAGCUUCUCCCAGUUACAGUACAGCACAUUUUUGCUGGUAGACCAGGAUUUCCUGCAAAGAUAGGAAGUUUGACAGUCUCUGAACCCUUACAAGAUGAGAUGAUUGUCUAUCUGAGAGCAACUGAUGUUGGCAUUGAUCACUUUGAGGUUUGUGGCUGCUUUGCAGACAAAAAAGGACGAGUGUUGGUUGAGGUGAAGCAUGUGACAAUCAAGUAUCUUGGCAGUCACUCUCAUGUGGCUGAAGAGUAUUUCUACCAUAAUGACUUUAGUGUCAUCCCUGAAGGCAUCACAUCUGCUCCUCCGCCUAAGACCUUGGUCUUCUGCGACCAAAUAGGGAUCUCUAAAGGUCUGCAACAAUAUUUGGACUCAAUGACAAGAUAUGUUUCCUUCACAUAUGCAAAAGAUAUCUUGAGCCAUGGAUUUCCUUCUGUCUUGGCAAAUCUCAAUAUAACAAAUAUUGAGAAAAACUUUGAUGAGGUCUUAUUUUUGUGGGGCAAAGACAACCUCACUUCACAGUCGGCUGACAUUGUCCUGCAGAAUCUCGCAAGCUGCUGUGAGAUUUUCCGCCAAAUAGUCCUUGAACUAAAGCGAAUUCGUUUCCCAAACUCCAUCAGAGCAGUCACCUACUGUUCAUCUGCCAUCACAGUAGACCACAUAAGUCCAGGUUUUGCUCUCGCUGGCAUGACAAGGUCAUUUGCUGCAGAAAUACCAGAUCUUUUAUUUCAGCUGAUUGAUAUAAGCACUAUCUCUGCAAAGGACAUUGUAGCUCUGUCAGAGGUUCUAAGGUCAUAUCCUUGCAGAAAGUACCCAGAGUUGGUGAUAAAAGAUGGACUGAUUCUAAAACCUUCCAUUGUCCGUACUCCACCUGAAAUCACCAACAGUUCAGAUGGCCGCCUUACCGCUACGAUGUCUAAACCCUUCUUACUCCAGACAGCUGAGGCACAUAAGAUGACUCAACUGAGUGCCAUUCACUUUGAGGAGGCCCAGCCAAUAUGUGAUACAUCAGUUGAAAUACGACUCACUAAAAUAUGUGUUCAUUCAUCAGAUUACUUCCCUGUCAGUGCCUCACAUCUGAAAUUUGGCCAGACGCUGUACUGGAACAAACACUCAUCACAGAACCACAAGCUACUGGCUCUUGAUUUCAGUGGUACUGUUACAGCAGUCGGUAAAGGUGUAAGGAAAGUGAAAGUAGGAGACCACGUUGCUUCCUGUUUUCCUGUGGUGGCAACGAGUAAGGUCAGCGUUCCAGAGGAUGUGUGCUACAGCACCAAGUGGUUGCCAUUUCUUAAAAAAACACCCUGUGUCUCUUACUUUGUGCUAGCAUGGGAGAUCCUGCAUCGAGCCUUGCCCAAAGCAAAACGUAAUCUAGGAAUCAUAUCCUCUGUGCCUGAUUCUACUCUGAUGAAAGUCUUGGAACUCACUUCUUAUAAGUCAGGUUGGAAUGUGAUUGUUGGCACAUGCAAUGGCUCUUUUGUGGAUUUCAAUCAAAUGGAUGCAUUUGUCAUCCUGCCUCCAUUUGAUGAAUCUCUGAUUGCUAAAAUUUGCAACCUUCCCAGAGUCCAGCAUGUUGUCUUGAUCUGUGAAUCUCAGACUAAGAGUUUGCUUGCAGAGGAUGUGUUCCAAAUUGCAAAGGAAUGUGUUCGUGUCCAGACAAUUCAGAUGCCAGUCAUUUUGCAAAAGGGAUCCUUGAGUGCGGAAAGGCCACAUAUUUAUCACUGGCUGAAGUCCUUGAGCUUGAGCAGGAAGUUUGCCCUUGAAAGCUUUACCUUUCAGAGUGGGAAAUCAGAAAGCAGUGAGGGCCGUAAUUCAGAGAAACAACAGUCAUACUUCAAUUCAAAGACGCUGGCUGUUGUGGCUCUGGAAAAAGACAUCAGCAGUACACUGUCUGAUAUUCCGUUGCUGCAAGCAAAAAAACAGCUUUUCCAAAAGAGAGCAGUUUACAUAGUGGCAGGUGGUCUUUCUGGUCUGGGCUUUGAAACCGUCAAGUUCAUCUCGCAAAGAGGAGGUGAGUACAUUGUAAUACUCUCCAGGAGCAAGCCCACACCAGAAGUGCAGCGAGAGAUAAAAAAUGUGGAGAAACAAUGUGGAAACUACAUCACUAGCAUGGAGUGUGACAUAUCUGUGUCUGAGUCUGUGCACAAGGUUAUCAGUUUCAUUGGCCAGAAAAUUCCUGGUUGUCCAAUCAGAGGAGUGUUUCACAGUGCAGUUGUCUUGCAUGAUGGGCUGAUUGAGACCCUUGACAGAUCUCUUUAUGAGAAAGUUCUCAAACCCAAAGUAAGUGGGGCACUGAAUUUGCACCAUGCAACACAGCACUGUCAGCUGGAUUACUUUGUGUGUUACUCCUCCAUCUCAGCUUUUCUGGGGAAUGCAUCACAAACAAACUACGCAGCGGCCAACACAUUCCUCGACAUGUUCUGUCAGUACAGGCGCAAACUCGGGCUGCAAGGACAGUCUAUCAACUGGGGAGCUCUAAACCUCGGUCUCCUCUUGAACAAGGAACAUUUCCAGAGGUUUCUGGAGGCAAAGGGGAUGAUGGUGUUGGAUGUGGCCGAGAUUCAUAAAAGUCUGGAGCAAUGCCUUGUGCUCAAUCGACCCCAACAAGCUGUUUGCAGGUUUCACUUCAGAAACAUCAGGUUCAACGUCCUUUCACAAAAUGUAGCCUUGACCAUGCGCCUGUCUCCAUUGGUAGAGGAGGCUUUCCAAAAAUCCAAAGAGCCAUAUUCUCAAAUUAAACAGACUAAGUCUGUCCCAUCAAAAGAGUAUGUCAUCUCUCUGCUUUGUGAGACCACUGGCAUGGAUAAAAGUGAGCUGAACAAUGAAUCGCCUCUUUUGUCCUUAGGGAUUGACUCAAUGCAGGCCAUGACUCUGCAGAAUCGCAUCUUUCAGGAGAGAGGUGUGAAUGUGCCUUUGGUGAAACUGUUGGAUCCAAACGCCACGCUAUCAACAGUAGUAGCUAUACUGCGUGAAGCAGAUGAGAGUGAAAAUUUCAAUGAUGAGCCUCUUCCAGUUGGAGACAUUGAUGAUUAUUCUACCAGACUGUAA